GGCGGAGGUUGGCUGUCGGCUCCACGGGUCUUCUCUGAUUCCUCCAACCCUGCCACACCGAUCACAUCUGCUUAAGAUUAUAUAUACGUAUUUCUAGUGUAUAUACGAAACACAAAGACAUUGAUGAGACAAUAAGAUAUAUUCAAUUCAGAGACAAAAUCCUGAAGUUGAAAACGAUGAAUAGAACAGACAAAACAAAAACUAAAAACAAUUGAAAACGUUGUACAGUAACGUAAAGUGCAAUAAUCACUAACCUGACUGACUAUAUGGUUAGCCGACACUGGAAUGACGGCGUCUCUGUUAAUGGUGAUUAUAAUGGUGGCGGCCGUGGAGGCGACAGCAGUGGCCGAGGCGGCCAACCGGUGGACGCUUCCUCUUUCAUCUUGGGCCGGGAGAAGGGCAGAUGGCGAGUGCGAUACAGAAGGGGGAGUCCUGGAGAUAGGACAGAGUCUCUACCUGGAUGAGUGUAGAAAGCUCGUCUGCAAGUCAAUUGUGGGUCAGCCCAUCGUAGAGGAACAUUUCUGCGAGACCCUCCCGAGAGAUCUCCCGCCUUCAUGCGUGGUGAGUGAUGGAAGAGGCACAAGACAUCCUGAUUGUUGUGCUCGUGUGGUCUGCUCCCCUGCCGAUGAAACAUUUGAAUUCGAGACCACAAUGACAUUCCCCGGAAACUCAAAACACUAUCCAGGAAAUUCAAAGUCUCCCCAGCGGAUCAUUGAUUCUUUAACGAGGGACAUGGAAUACUUAUCAGGAAACUCUCGAGAUUCAGUGCCCCCUAGACUCACUGAUCCUUCAAUGAAGCGGAUUCCUGAAUCCAUAGCACAUGUCCCUGUGUACCGGCGGGAUCCACUGUUCCCAGAGAAUAAGGUGCCCUUGAGGAACAUGGUUAGGAGGCCACAUGUAGCCAAUGGUGUUAUAGGAAAGUACUCUGUUCCAGUGAGGCGCCCUGGUCUGCCUGUACGCCGCCCUGCCUACCCUUCACUAACUCCCCAUCCCUUAAGAAUGCCUUUGGGCGUUACUUUUGGGCAAGGCCACUCACACCCUCAUGCUCCUCCCCCUACCACUCACGUCCGUCCCCUUCGUCUGCCCUCACACCGUCCCAUUCUUUCCCCAGAGCUCCAUUCAGGGCGGGCUGAAGGUCUUGCUAUACAGCUUGAUCCUCCAAACAAUAUCAUCCCACCUCCUGACAUCACUGAUGGAUCCCUUUACUAUGACGACGAAAACGAGGCGCUGCCAAAGGACGAAGAUAAAGACUUUGGUGGUGAAAUCUUUUGGAUUGCUCCUGAUGCGUUUCCAAAUCAUAAGAACGAAGUUAACUUUAAAGACGAAAUAGCGUGGAAGGUCUCUAACCCGCUUUCUUUUGAGGACGAAACAGGCAAUGGAGGAGAAACGUCUUGGGAGGGUCCUGAAAUGUUUCCCCAGCAUAAGGGCGAAAUGGUGUUUGGCGACGAAUUGUCCUUGAUGCUGCCACAGCCUCCAAAGCUGCAUCCUUCUCUCAGCAACAACAGUCGACCCUCAAAAGAGGUGUCGUACGUUUACUAUACUAACCCAAGAGAGGUCAGGACGUCCCCACACCCAUACCUCAUCUACCCAAUCACCACGCCAAUGCCUAAAGAACCUGGGGAAGGAGCAGAAGUAGAAAAUCCAAUUUUCCUCACCAAUUCAAUAAUUCCUGAUAGGGAGGAACAUGACAACCCAUGGAUACCAGUUUCUGGGGUCACUGUUACCUCCUCCCCAACCGCGACAGCUACCCCCACCCCCACCCGCACAAAAACCCGCCCAUCACUGAGACGCCCAAGCUUUCCAAGGACACGAGGACCAUUCAUAAAGACACCCCGCCCGAGCCCCCUCCCCUCGACAAGACACACCACACUCCAGCCACACGUCACCACCUGGAGGCCAAGCACUCGUCUUCCAGUCAUCACCACUACCCCUAGUACCCUUUCCACCACCCUAGACAACCCUAACACUCCUUCAGAAACUUCCACCUCUACCACUACCUCAUAUGAGUUCGCAACGGCUAAACUAAACCCAAACGAACAUGACAUCCACGAGUUUUUCCAUACUCCCCUGGAUCCUUCGGAACUGAUUCCUGGCCACGACGCCUUUAUGAAGUCAAAACAAGAGGCACAGAAAGAGUAUCAAAGUUCCAACUCUAACACGACGACAGCUAACAAAACGCGGAGGUCACUAAGCCCCUCCACAUUAAGUCGGAAUACUUCAGGAGUAAAGCACCGGCCCGUUUUUUAUAUUCCGUGGAGGAGGAACGCAAAAAUGGUGUCCCAACACUCUUCUACACCUAUUCCGGAAGAGGAAAUGGAUGAGGUGUACAGAGCCGAGACUUUCCACCCUAUCAAGUUCGACGCCGACUUUGAGAGUCCGAAAAUGACCACGGAGCAGUUUAUCGUCGAUCUUCCUUCGUCAUCACCAUCUUUGAAAUCUCUUCCGGUUAGAUUUGGUUUACUAAAGCCUGAGGAAAAGCUUCAGUCCUUCAACCCGUCAAAAAGCACGGGAAAAAAAGGUAGACAGUUUGUGGAGGAGCGUACUGACAACGCGUAUGAGAACACCCCCACUACCGGCCUGUCAAGGAAUGAUAGUGCUUUGUCGUUUCUGUUGAGGGAAGAAGAUAAAGUGAAUGCGAUGCAGGGUGAUAUUAUAGCCCUAACAUAUGCCACCAAGCCUCCCUCUAUCACCCUAGGUCCUCAAGGACGAAUCAUAGACGAGGAUAACGAUGUAGAGACUCAAGGCAUAAAAACUAUCAACAUAGAGGAAAAGCAGCAAUCCAACUUGACCGUGAAUGUAAAGGCAGGCAACCCAUCUACACCACCAGCUUUCAAGUGGUCCCCACCCCAUUUAAGAUUUCCAGGGAGGAGACAAUAUAGAGUUCCAAGACCCAAACCUGAUAAUAUUCAAAUGCCAGACUACGGCAAUUUUCCGGAGAAAGAGCACCUUGGUGUGCUAUUUUAUGAACCAAUUAAACAGGAAACAAAACCGAUCACAACGACGAUGACCACACCUUCGAGAUCAGACGAGACAAUACCAGGAACAUCAAUGACUUUCGAAACCCUUGACUCCUUUCACCAUAAAACAGAAUCACGAUUGACGGGCGGAAUGGCUCAUAAAACACACAUGCAAAUGCAAAUUAAGAAGACUACCAAUGACACUAACCCUCAGGAAUAUCACCGAGGUGAGGUACCUCUAAAAACUUUCCCCGACAACUACCACCCAUCUGAGAACCACAGAGCCACACCUUUUUCUCUGAGCCUAAGGAAAGAUGACACACGAAUGUCAAAUGUUUACUAUUACAGCGAGGAGGCGCUGUCUGAUGAGAUUGACUUUGAAGUACCACAGUACUUUGGUUAUAUCACAGAUGAAACUAAAGCCUCCAGUGAGAUCCCAAAGCAAUUUCAUUCACAUUCCACUCCCGAUGGAGUGUUGCACCAGGGGAUCCCUCAACUUCCUCAUUUUCAUAUCAAAGGACCCAACGAACCAGAACCUCCGAGCAGCCGAACACCGACAGGAAGAGAAGCACUGAAACCCAACGGAUCCUCCUUAGAAAAGAAUGAAAGACACGACGUGUCACACGGCCUAACAGAAGAUUUACAGCCAAAUCCCUUGUACACCAUGACUGACGAAAACAAAAUAGUGGGUGAGCAAAAGCCCCUGUACCACCGCGCACAAGCAGACACGCUUACAUUAUCUUCUCAAGAAGAAAUGAGAGAUCACCUUAACAGUCAGAGGAAAAACGAGAAAGAGGAGAGGAAGGAGGAAGAGGAUAAGGAAGAAGAUGAGGAAGAAAAAAAAACAGGACAUUACAUGAGGCCACGAGUCAUUAUAUCUCGAGCAUCUCAUUUCGCACCACUGCAACCCCUUUUGCAAUCUUCUAGCACUGCCUUCACCACCACCAUUGCCACCACUACCAGAAGAGACGAUUUUUUCUUUAAUAACAAAAGCAUCACAUUACCACCUAAAAGCAAUUAUAGCUCUUUGAACCAAACGCCCACACUACCACCCCACACUACUUCACCAUCGAGAACACUUCGAAGGAGACCAGAAACCCGUUAUUCUUCUACCGCCCGAUUUCGUGAUGCACCAAGGACAACAACCUUUAGUAAACCGCAAGAGUUUCGAGAGUCCUUGACCGUCAAUAGGUCUCGAAAUAGACUUCUACCGACAGUGAACAAGCAGCAUCGCCUUCCGCCACCAAAUCAGCGAAGACUCUCCUCGCGACAAGCAAGAAUUAGACUCAGAGUCUCUAGACUAGCCACAGGAACUCGCAAAGAAAGUACAGAAGGGACGAAGGAGUUAUUGGAUCCCUCAGAGAGCUCAUAUGAAACGAAAAAUCUACCAAACAACCAACCAACCUCAAUAGAAACAGUGCCGAUAAUCCACAUUUCUCAAGACCCUAAACCAGACACAAAAAAGCCUACAGGGAGUACAGAGGGUCAAACAGAGAGCCCUAAAGUCACAGUAAACUCACCAUAUCUAGAGAUUACACCUCAAGUAACCAAGGCACCUAUGAAGCCAUAUCACGAGAACGUUAAAGGUCACUUCACACACGAAUCACGCUCCGUUCCUCAUCAAAGUGCUUCUCUUAACUCUCAAGGACAAACGAUAAAACUGCAAGACCAAUCUACGGACAGACAGACAUACUCGCACAACAGGCCAAUGCACGAGUCAUCGCGAGGUAUUAGAGAUGAAUGGGAACCCAUAAAGACAAAAAUGAGUAAAGGAUAAUCUUAUUUCGAGUAAAACUAGAUUUCCCUUUUAAAAGUAUUUAUAAAUGGCCAAGGCCUACAUUGUAUUUAUAUUUUUAAUUAGGAGGAAGAGGUUGGUUCGUGUAGCUCAGCGUGAAAACUACUGUCAUGGGUAGUCUUUCAAUCGUUUUGCAGCCAUAUCAAAAUAUCAGUAUAUGUAUGAUCUGAAAUACAUAUACACCAGUGAUUCCAAAACUGGGGGAGACCACCCCCUUAGGGAGUCGUGAGCAAGAUACAAGGAGGGCGUGAUUCCGUCUGCCAAAAAUUGCAAUUUUGCAAGAAAUAAAUAAACGCACACAGGUGAGAGAGCAACACUGUUUGAAUCAUCCUCACGUGAUACAACUGUGCAAAGCAAAAUAUACCAGUUACCCUCACCUAUUCGAAUUUUAUAACUUCAUUUCUCUUUAUUAUAUAUAUAUAUAUAUAUAUAUA